AUGAGCACAAUUCCUUUGGCCGCCUCCUCACCUCCAGGCGUUGUGAGGGGAGCCACUUGGAACGGCGUGUUCAAGCCUGUUGGUGUGACAGGAAGAGGCGGAGGAGGAGGAGGAGGAGGAGGAGGAGGAGGAGGAGGAGGAGGAGGAGGAGGAGGAGGAGGAGGAGGAGGAGGAGGAGGAGGAGGAGGAGGAGGAGGAGUGAGCAAGCAUAGGCACAGCCAAAGCUACGAUUUCUCGUCUAUGAUGCUUUCCAAGGAGUGCCUUCACAGCCCCGAGUCUGCUGGUCGUAUGCUGGUUUCAGCUCUUCCACCUCAAUCCCCCCGUCUCACUCCCCCACCUCAAUCCCCCCGUCUCACUCCCCCACCUCAAUCCCCCCGUCUCACUCCCCCACCUCAAUCCCCCCAUCUCACUCCCCCACCUCAAUCCCCCCGUCUCACUCCCCCACCUCAAUCCCCCCGUCUCACUCCCCCACCUCAAUCCUCCCGUCUCACUCCCCCACCUCAAUCCCCCCGUCUCACUCCCCCACCUCAAUCCCCCCAUCUCACUCCCCCACCUCAAUCCCCCCGUCUCACUCCCCCACCUCAAUCCCCCCGUCUCACUCCCCCACCUCAAUCCCCCCGUCUCACUCCCCCACCUCAAUCCCCCCGUCUCACUCCCCCACCUCAAUCCCCCGUCUCACGUCGUCAUCUCGAUCCCCUCUUCUUAGUCCCUCGUCAGCCCCUCCGAUCAGUCCCCCAUCUCGGUCCCCUCCUCUCACUUCCUCAUCUCAACCCCGCUGUCUCACUUCCGCAUCUCACCCCACUCCUCUCACUAUCCCACCGCGAUCCCCUCGUAUCUCCCCCGCUCCUUGAUCCGCUCCUCCCCUUCCUCCUCAGUCCUUCACUUUCUCGCCAACUCCCAACUCGAACGCCCUGUACAAGCAUGGGCCUGCCUCCUCCCCUCCAGGGAUUGUGA